GUCUCUGACUCGGUUUCACAUUCUGGGAGGAAAGACACCCAGCACCAUACAGUUAACCUGAACAAAGCAAAGGAAAAGCAACAGGAAUGCCUUCCAGCAGGAAAAUGGUUGCUACAUUGGUUUUAAUUGUAUUUGCACUGGGGUUGGUUUCUGGACAAAAUAAAUACAACACAAAUAGAGAUCAACUGUUGGGUGGCUGGAGGGAUGCAAAGGAAGAUGAUAAGUCUACGCUGGAGGCUUUGCAAUUUGCGACUGAUGAGUACAACAGAGGGAAUAAUGGCGAGUACAUUACCAAGGUCCAUAGGAUUAUCAGAUUCCGGAAGCAGGUGGUGGCUGGAAUGAAGUACGCAAUGGAUGUUGAAGUCAUUGUGACACCGUGCAGUGAUUUUGAAUCAGUAUCAGAAAAUUGUUCAACUCAGAAAAAGAGAUGCAGCUUCCUGGUUCUGAGCGUUCCCUGGAUGAACUCUACAAGGUUGAUCAGCAAAAGCUGCGAGUCCUAAACUCCCCUCAUCUGCAAUGGUUUCCUCUAUCAGGCUGUGUUAAUAAAUACUUUAUGCACUAGUAUGGCUUAUUUUAUAACAUUCUCUUUCAUUCUGAAAAAUAGAGCAUUUAAUAAAAUGGUGCUUUGAUGGUUUACGGAUCUACAGUAGUGUACAUAUAUUAAUGACUUUGUUUGAUUUUAGUUUGUACUUAGUAGUUUGUGGUUACUGUAUGUUGGAUGUGUGUAGGCAUUUGAUAGCUUAUGUAUUAAUGACAGAAAUAAAAACCUGAUAAAUGUAUCAUUCAUGCAGAAUAAAAUAUGGUUCGAACAUUAAAUAACAUACUGUAUAUAUCUAAUAAAGAAUCUUUCUAAACAACA